CUUGCUCUAUAUAUGAGAGUUUGUGUAACAACAUCUCGAGGAAUUAACGCCACAAUUAAAUCAGUGAAUCCGUUGAGCGGCCAUUGUCCACCAGCGUAGGUGGUAGCUCUGAAGCCUGGCAGGUAGUCACUUUCACAAUAACCUUAACAACCCAUGGCACAGGGCCCUAACUGAAUUAUACCAAGGCUAGGUUAUGGAGCCGAAGAAGCCAUUUGCAAUAUCCAUGUUCAGUGUCCCAUGCAAUUCACAUAGAGACUAAGGAGAGGAUAAUCUGAAGGUUUCUAAACAUUCAUUAAGAAAGGAUUAGGACCACUGCUAGCCUGCUUGGGUGAUUUUCAAAGCCAAAGGGAACAUAACGGUGCUGACUUUUGUACCAAGAAGAGCAAGAAAAGUCAGCCCUUUUCAGUAUUGAUGGUUUUAUCAUAAAGAAAGGCACAAUACUUGGGGCUUUUCUAUGUGCUAUUGCUGUUUGCCAUAUGUGAUAUGUGGAGAGAGGAUGGACACCAAAGGCAGGUGGUAGAGACACAGAGAGACAACGAAAGAGAUGAGAAAGCAUCUUCUGUUACUGGAUGAUCACUUUGUAAGCAUGGCAACCCAGUGAACGGAAUGAGCCAUUAAGAAUUACCGUUUCCAUGACAACCCAGAACACAGGAUAAGAAAAAAGCAAGUAAGCUACAGAAAGGUGAAUUGCACACGGGAGUGAGUGGGAAAUUGGAGUUGACACUAACAGGGGAUAACUGCAGUGUUUCGAACCUGAGCUAUUUUUAUUUCUGAUCCCUGGGAUUUACUACAACAUCAACAACAACGCGUAACUUGGCCCUGUGGUUAAGAAGCAGUGAAACCAAAGAAACGACCGUUUGUAUUUUAUUACCUGAAAACUUCACCUUUCCUUCAUAACUGCCAGUUUUCUGAUGAACUCUGAUUGGUCUGGCAAUAAUUUACGCCCGUCUGACAGGUUUAGCAGUGAAAUAUACGCAGAUUGGAUUAAAUCGAGCAGGGAGGAAGCCAAACUCUGACAGCAGCCAAAAUAAAGUUGUUCAAUUAGUGGAGAAAAAGUUGUACAUACAAAAAUAGUGGCUAAUUUUACAAGGAGGUUGUGUCUAGGCGACCCAGUUGAAAGAUUAAAGAUAGAUUUUUGAAAUCUGAAGAGACUGAGAUAAACGGACUUCACAGCUGAUAAGGUAACUCGGAACGUCGCUGGGAGUGCUGAUAGGAGCCUGCAUUGCCGUGGCAACCACUUUGAGGGAAAAAUUAAAUUCAGGACCCGCUAAUUUGAAAAGUUGCAAGCACAAACAUUGGCAGGCUGUUGUUGCCUGUGUCCAAGGCAAGGAGUGAAGGAGCGUAGUGUGCUCUGUUAUAGCAGAUCUGUGGGAACUCUUCUGUUUGGUACCAGACAGAGAAGCCAGUUUCAGGACUAAAAAUGGGAGAGAGGAAAAUUGCUCAAAUUUUAAGGAGAACUUUACGCAAGAGAAUGGCAGGAUGGAUGUACGCUGCCAUUUUUACGACGCUUUUCAUGUGCGUGCAUGCACAAGAUACAACGGCAUCAUGGAAGCAGAUGCCAACGGCUCAAGCAGUAAACAAGGGGGGAGAUGUGACAUUAUCAUGUGAAAUUAACAACCCGGGACAGUUUCAGAUCAACGUGAUCUGGUCAUUUAAUGGCAAAUCUAUCACAUUUAACAGGAAUCCUUUCAGUCCCUCCACAAGUGAUCCAAGGAGGUCAAUUGUAGGUGCUAACGUAGAAACAGACUUCAAUCUGAGGAUUACAAACUUGAGUUUAGUAGAUAAUGGCGUAUACUCAUGUCAAGUGCAGGGGACAGACCUGACAGCCGACGCCAAGCUCACGGUUGUAGUCGUCCCUGGCACUGCUGUGAUAACAACCAACAACUCUGGAACAUCAAAAGAGGGUGACACCGUCUUCUUCAACUGCAGCUCCUUUGGUGGCAAUCCUCCACCUACGAUAUCAUGGUUCAGAGACAAUGAGCCAAUCCAACCGUCCAGCGAUAUCCAGUAUUCUCCGGCUGCCGAGCUCGGUGGCUCCACUUCCAGUAAACUGUCAUGGCGGCUUCGCAGGGCGGAUAAUGAGAAAAUGUUUGCGUGUCGUGUGUCCAACCAAGCGAAUCCAUCCACACCCCGAACUGCAAAUACAGCUGCCAAUGUGCAAUUUGCCCCUGUUGUUAAUUUUGGCCCCUACAACCCUCUGAUCCUUAGAGAGGGUGCGACAGAACAAGUGGCGUGCACUGUAGAGGCGAACCCUCAGGUGACAUCUGUGGAGUGGCUGAUCGAUGGAGUCAGCAUAGGCAAUACCAGAUCAGUCAGACUCCUGGACCCAGUCAGGUUGACAGAUAGAGGGCAGCACACAUGCAUCGCCAGAAAUAUCAUAGGCUCAAGCAACGCUACGUUAACUCUUGAUGUUCAGUACCCUCCAAAAAUAGAGAUUAUUAAUAUCCAAGAAGGCAACCGGCUCACAGUAAAUGAAAGUUCUCGUGUCAACUUAACGUGUAGUGUCAGAGCCAACCCUCCGGCAACAGAGAUAGUCUGGAGAAAGAACGGGACCCUCCAGGUGGCGCAACCUGCUCUUAUAUUUCAGACAGUGACUCGCAACAGGGCUGGCAUGUACAGGUGCACUGCGAAGAACACGCUGACAUUAUCUAAGCGUUCUCCAGAGGUCCAGGAGAGCAGCAAACCUGCGGAACUGGUAGUGCAAUAUCGUCCCGGCCGUGCAGUAAUCAACGCCCAUCCUGAGGUGGUCAUAGGCGACCCCAUCAACCUGAAGUGCACUGUGGGAGACAAGGGUAUUCCAGAGGCACAGUUGUUUUGGGAGAGGGUAGGGAGCACCACACAGUACAGCCCAGGCGAGGACCUCAACAUUCCACGGGCAGCACUGGAUGAUAAUGGCAGCUACAGGUGUACACCUAAAAACAAGCUCGGCAGAGGGCCACAUGGAGAGAUCAGUGUGGGAGUCAAUGAAAUUCCCACCUGGCUGCAGCAGAACUCUAUCUUCCCCGCGCGAUCUGUGAGUGUGGGAGACGUCGGGAUAAGGCUGGCGUGUCGUGCUAGAGGGAAACCUGCUCCGAACAUAGAGUGGCUGAAGAAUGGCGUCCCCAUUGAAAACAAUGGGGAACUGUUCACUAUCAGGACGGAAGAGAAGAUUAUUGACACCUACAGUUAUAAUGUAACUGGAUAUUUGGAGUUUAGAGGUACUCAACGUCUGACAGGUAUCCAGGUAGAUGACACAGCUAACUACACCUGUCUGGGCUCCAACCACCUUUCUGAGAGCAGAGGAGGCGGCAAACUCUCCAGCUCUGUAGAGCUGCUUGUUAGAUAUGCCCCAAUGCUGGACAGAACACAAGACAAAGUGGCAGUGGACAUGAACCAGACCGCCUCCCUGGUCUGUCAAUCACAAGCCUAUCCCGCGGUAACCUUCCGUUGGAUACGUGCAGGACAGCCAAUCACAGCAGAUGGUAGGCGGAGCUUCAGUGAGAGUUCUGGGGCAGGGCUCCAGACAAGCACCCUGACUAUUACCAGGGUCUCCCAGGGUGACUUGGGAAAUUACUCCUGCAUAGCUACGAACCCUGUGGGAGAGACUACUGUCAAUAUAGACCUUACUGUGAGAAGGCAACCAGAUGCUCCUACCAACCUACGAGUGCGAGAGAACACCUGGGACUCUGUGCUACUGGAGUGGACGCCAGGAUUUAAUGGCGGCUAUGACCAGACUUUCGUCAUUGUGAAGACCAACAGCAGUGGGAAGGAAGAGAUACAGGUCGGGUUUGUCAUGCAGUACAAUAUAACAGGUUUAUUUCCUGACACCUCCUACACAUUCCAAGUGUAUGGUAAGAAUGCACUGAAGGCUGGGGAUUACUCUCAAGGAGUUCCUGUGAGGACGGCAGCAUUAUACGUCCCACCAGCCAGUGAUGCUACAUUCAAUGGUGAGACGGGAACCCUGCAGUUUAAGUCCCAGUAUGACCAGUACUGCAUACGUGUGGAGAUUGAGAAGAAGAACGCAGAGGGUGUCUUGGAAUGGCAGGAGGCAACACCAUGUGCGCCACCUACAGUUGGGGACAAUUCUAUCAAAAUCCAAGACAGUACUGUGUCAUCACUUCGAGUUGCCUUGUGUCUGACCAGUCGGCCUGAAGUCUGCGGAGCUUUCAGUGUCGUCAAUGCUACAAGAGUUCUCACACCCCCACCUUCAGUGGACACGACCAAGUCAGACAUCCCCAUAGAGGUGGUUGGGAUCAUAGCAGGAGUAUGUGGAGGCGUCCUGUUAAUUUUGGUCAUCAUUCUGAUCGUGUGUUGCUGCAGAAAGAAGAAGGCAGGAGAAAAGGGACCUUUGGAGAAUGAAAACCGUGGACCUAGGCCUCAGUUUGAUCACCAUCCGCCAUCUUAUGUCAGUGGUGGAGGCUUUGAUAACCCUGCUGUUGACCGUUCUCUGGACGUGGUGGACUUUGAUGACCCAGCUUCAACUGGUGUCUUUGCCACUCAUACCUCUGGGAUGAAUGGAAACGUCCAGUAUGGGUCGCUAGAUAGAAACAAAAUGAGGCCAGCUAACGGACACGUGAACCAUGGCAACCACUCUCCAGACUGGCAGAAGCCGCCCCCGUAUACCCCCGACACCUCCUAUGAAGUACAGAAUGCUUUUAAUAAUGGCUUGGAUGAACAUGAGAUGAACAGGAGAAAUAUGGAAAGAUCAGGUCAUCCAUAUUACAACAUGCAGAACAUGCCAAACAAGUCCCCUCUCAUCCAUCCUGGCAUGAAUGGCAUACAGAAGCCGGACGGCAUGUCUGUGAGGAGCGGCCAUGAAAGUGGAUAUUCAACGCCAGAUCCAAAUAAACCUAAAAAGGUCAUAUAUGAAGUCAUUGUAUAACGUCCACACUGCUGUUGUUGUCAACCUCAUCAUCUUCAUUAAGUGCCAUCUACCAUUGUGGUUAUUGUUAUCCACUUCAUUGCCAUGGUAACUGUAUCAUAUCACCAUGGUGACCGUUGUCGUGACUUUUGUUGCCUCGGCAAUUGUUAUUGUUACUACAGUGAAUACUGUAAAAUCUGAUGACCAAGAGAUCUUGAGAUCUCUACAAUCUCAGUGCCUGAAAGUUGUAUGAAAUGUGUCAUACCUUUUCUGUAUUCUUUCUACAUACUACAGUCAGUUCAGUGUUGCAUACAAGCUCAUUGUGGUUACUAUGGCUACUGUAACCAAAGACAACCAGCAUGUCUGUGUAUUCUUCACACUGUUGCAUGUUGAUGUUGUAAACAAAAUGAUUUUUUUUUCUGGAAAAAUUCCAGAUGUUUUUUGCCACUGAAUAUUUGACUGCUAUUUUGACAGUUCCAAACUCUGACAUUGUCAGAUAUUUUACUGUAUAUUCUCAUCAAAAGGACAAUUAUUAAGAAUAGUAACUGUAUUAAGAAAGAAAAUAUGUACUAUGACACAUCAGUACAGAUGGCUUAAGAUGUACUGGAGUAAAAGCGUGCCACAGAAUUCAGCACAUAUUUUUCUCUUCACAAAUGAAAGUGAUGGUCAACAGAGAGAGCUGAAAAAUUAACAAAAGGAACAUUAUGUCCAGUUGAGGAGAGAGAGAGUUAAGGAAAACAUAUGAUCAGUGACAAGUUAAAGUAUUCCUGACUGACAGUUAUAUUCAACAUUCUAUAUUUGAAACUCAACUAUGUAUUAUAAUGGCCUUAAAGGUGUACAUGUUUGUACUAUUAAUGUUACUGCCAAUAUGAUUUUGUAAGUGUAUAUAAAUGUAUAUUUUGUUUGUAUAUUCUUAUCAUUGAAGGAGAGUAGGAUGUAUAUUAUAAGUUUUUAGUGUAGAUUAUUAUUUGUGGUUUUACAUUGCACAUAUUUUGAACUGAAUGGUUGCUGUCACUAUUUACUUGAAGGAUUGUCUUCCAAUUUCCUGCUUAAGCAGAAUCGCUUUUUUUAAAUGAAUUACCUGGCCAAUGUUUAAUAUGAUAAAAAUUAUUUAACUUCAGAAUAGUGGUAUAUUCUGACUUGUGGAAGCUGAGACUCUGAGUUUAUACCAAGUGAAAAUGUCUCUUAUAGGUUUGACUUGAAAUGAUGGUGCUUUAUAUAGUGUCACUUACUUCCCCAAGGUUUUAAACCUGAGAAUUUUUACUUGUUUAUCAUCAGUCCUUAGAGCUCUAGAGAAGAUAGGACCAAAUCAUCCUGAUAUUUCUGACUGAAAAGUUGGCAUUUGCUAGUGGCUUGACAUAGAUAAAUGAACUUAUGGUGCUAUGAGGACUAUUAAAUGAGAAAUUAAACCUAAUUCAUAGAUAUAUUGCUUGGUCCUGAAAGAUUUGACUUCUGUUCUUAUUUGCUAUUGUGACACAACCACAAAACAAAGUGUCUGGCUCGAAAAAUUAUUUGUUUUUAUAAAUUAUGUGGCAGGCAGUGUUUUUAAUGAUCUCAAUUCAUUGUGAAGUCAGAAGUCACUGAGCACCAUUUAAGACGGUCCCUUCUAUAACUAACUGUAGAAACAAAACGAAGUCCCUUUACUGUUUGAGAUUAUAGUAGGUUAAAGGUAAUGUUUUAGUGUUAUCUUACCAUAUCUGACUUUUAUACAAUUGUAUGGCUUGCAGCAAGCACUAUUUUCGUAAAUUUAGGUAUGAGCCUAUGAUAUAUCUAAUAACAUUAUUUUAGAUGCUAAGUAACGAUAAGGUUAAUGGUGUCGUUUUAUAAAUGACAAAGUAACGAUAAGGUUAAAGGUGUCGUUUUAUAAGUGACAAAGGAGAACACUGUUGACCUUGGUGUAAGACGAAGGAAGACAUUCCAAUAAUGUGACAGUAAUGAUCUGUCACUGAAGAAAUGAUUUGUUUUACAACAAGUCUAAUGCUGCUGUAGAAGUAGAAUAUUUUGCUAGUUUAGAGCCGGCCAUGACGUCACCUACCCCACCACGUGCACUCGUCUAUAUAGUUGUGAAGUGUUUAAUACAUCUUGUGUCAAGUCACCACGCGUUUGUAUGAACAGAAAGUUUUAUAAAUAAACAAAGUGUUGUUAUUAUAUGUAC